CAUUUGCAUAUUGUUAUGUUGUGAUGGUGAGAUGCGCGCGAACAGACACACAGGAGCGAGCGCGUGAGGAGCAGCUGAAUGCAGACGGGAAUAUGAGUCGAUAGUGAGAAUCUUAUUCCCUUUCAAGUGAUUCGCAUGAGUCACGAAUGGAUCCUUUUUUAACUCCCGGAAAGAAACUUUUUUUAAUCUAUUUAUUAUUCUUUAUCUUAAUAUAUCAAGCACAUAUUACGAGGGGAAAUGAAGAACUGAAUUUAACAAAGCAGCAUGAUUAUGAAAGCAGCGCGAGCAGCAGGAUAAUGCUGGAGAAAUGGGAUCCCGCUUCCCAAACCGAGCAGAAAAUCUUAUUAGAGAGGAACACAUCAUCAGCAGAGCAAACAGAAGCCCAGAAGCCAUCAUCCCGCAGAGCCAGUGGUGACUGUACAUCUCCUUGUCUGAAUGGGGGUCAGUGUGUCCAUCCAGAUGCCUGUAACUGCACUUUAUACCAUGCUACUGGAACACACUGUCAGACAGUCCCCAAUCUAGGCUUUGAGCGAGAGAUGACGUGUCGCUCGUGGGGGCAGUACAACUACGAAACCUUUGAUGGUCUUUAUUACUUCUUCCCUGGGAAGUGUAGCUACACACUAGUGAGAGACUGUGAAGACAACAGUCAGUCAAGCGUGCAUAUACAGGUGCAUAAUGACCCGGAAUGCAAUUCUUUUCCAUACUCCUGCACACGUUCCAUCAGCCUCUUCCUUCCGUGGGAAGGAGAGAUUAGGUUACAGAACUUCAGUGUUACCUUCAAGGGUCAAAAUGUCCAGCUGCCCCAUAACAUCCAUGAUGUUGAGCUUGAGCGGAUAUCUGACUACAUUAUAGUGUCACAGCCACAGAGUUUCACUUUGGCCUGGCAGGGGCUCACUGGCUCUGUGUACAUUAAGAUGAGUCCUCAUUUUGUGGGUCGUACCUGUGGACUGUGUGGGAAUUUCAAUGCUGAUGUGCAGGAUGACCUGAAGACCAGUUAUGGUGUUUUCACCCAGGAUUUGGCCAUGUUUGGAAACAGCUGGUCAGAGGAGCAGCCAGAGCGAGCCAGAUGUCCUGCUGUCUCUUCUCUCUACCCCUCUCCGUGUGCCACACAAAGUCCUCUUGUCAUAUUGAAAGUAGAGGAAGUGUGUGCCACCCUUUUAAAGGAGCCGUUUAUGUCCUGCCAUGAGUUUGUCAGUCCAUUUUCAUAUAUGGCCAGCUGCUCCAAUGACCUCUGUCUGUCUGGUCCCAGUGCUGAUGUUGUGUGCCAGGUGUUUACAGAGUAUGCCAGGGCAUGUGCCCAUGCUGAACAUCCACUGCACGACUGGAGAGCACACUUUCCCGUUUGUGAUGUCGCUUGCCCCGGUGAGUUUCAUUUCAGAGAGUGCAUCCCAUGUUGCCCUACGCAAUGCAACAUGGAACGCAUGUGUAUAGACAGCAAGCUGCAGUGUUUGGAUGGCUGCUAUUGCCCUGCAGAUUUAAUCUAUGAGGAUGGAGUGUGUGUUAAGGUAUCCGACUGUCCAUGUGAGCACCACGGUAUGGUGUACCCCUCUGGACACAUCAUACAGGAAGACUGCAACAACUGCACAUGUGUGGGGGGAAUAUGGAACUGCACAGAGCACAACUGCCCAGGAGAAUGCUCUGUGACAGGGGAUAUGUUCUUCCAGUCGUUUGAUGGCCGUGUUUACACAUUUUCUGCUACGUGCCAGUACGUUUUAGCCAAGAGCAGAAACUCUGGGGGGUUCACUGUGACCAUCCAGAAUGCACCAUGUGGAACCAAUCUGGAUGGCGCUUGUAUUCAGUCCGUGAAUCUGGUGAUUGAUGAGGACCCACGUACUGAGAUCACAAUGAGUCACAGCGGAGAGGUUUUUCUAGCAAGCCAGUUCAGAAUCUCACUGCCAUAUUCAGAUGAUGUGUUUCAGAUCCAGGAGCUGUCGUCAAUGUUCGUCCAGGUGAAGUCAUCGCAGGGUCUGCGCCUGCAGUAUAACUGGAGAGAGUUCAGACUUUACCUGCAGUUGGAUGAGCAGUGGAGAGAUGACACUGUGGGGCUCUGUGGGACCUUCAAUGGCAACAUUCAGGAUGACUUUCUCGCUCCCUCUGGCAUGAUUGAAAGCACACCAUAUUUGUUUGGAAAUGCAUGGCGCGUGUCUUCGGCGUGUGUGCCGCGGCCCAGCUUACCCCAGCUUGACCCUUGUGACACACAUCAGCAAGCAGCCACCUAUGCAGUGGAGAAAUGUGAUGUGCUGAUGCAGGAGGUCUUUGCUGCCUGUCAUGAGUAUGUAAGUCCAGUAGGAUUUCAGCUGCAGUGUCGCGCAGACGUCUGUAAGUGUGGUGCGCCCUGCCUGUGCUCUGUCCUCGCUCACUAUGCCCGCACCUGCAGAAGACACGGCGUCAUCAUUGAGUUUCGCUCUCACCUGCCUGAGUGUGCCAUCUCAUGUCCGCCUACUAUGGAGUACGGAGUGUGUGUGUCUUCAUGUCAGCGCCGCUGCUUGUUUCUUUCUCUCCCACAGCCGUGUGGAGAUGAGUGUGAGGAGGGAUGUGUGUGUCCCGAAGGAACAUACUUUAACAUGCAUACACAAACCUGCGUGCCACGGAGUGAGUGUCCAUGCAGUUUUUUCAGCACCGAUUACUCACCUGGAGAUGUGAUCGUGACAUCAUCAGGUGUCCAAGUUUGCCAAGAUGGAAAACUGGUUUCCCAGAGCUCAGUUAUUGAUACGCUGUGUCCAUCAGGCCAGUUUUAUGAGGAUUGUGGAAACAGAGUGGACAGGCUCUCAGCCAGUAAAGGUUUAGCUUGCGAACAGACCUGUGAGUCGUUUUUACUCAACCUGACCUGCUCGGCCCACGAGCCAUGUGUACCUGGCUGCGUCUGUCCUGCAGGACUUCUAAAGCAUGGCGAUGAGUGUUUCGAGCCACAAUCAUGCCCUUGUUUGUGGAAAGGAAAAGAAUAUUAUCCAGGAGACAAAGUAUCUUCCCCCUGCCAUCAGUGUGUGUGUCAGCACGGGACGUUUCAGUGUGAUUUUCGACCGUGUCCAUCGAUGUGCACGGCUUAUGGAGACCGACACUAUCGCACGUUUGACGGGUUCCUGUUUGAUUAUAUUGGUGCCUGCAAGGUGUACUUGGUCAAGAGCUCAGUGGAUGUCGUGAUGAGUAUCACAGCAGAGAAUGUUGACUGCUUUGACAGUGGCGUAAUCUGCAGAAAAUCUCUUUUCAUCUCUAUUGGUCGUUCCUUCGUAGUGUUUGAUGAUGACUCCGGUAGACCUAACCCAUCCAGUGUGAUCGACAGGCAGAAGGUAUAUAUCUGGCAAGCAGGAUACUACACUAUUGUCCAUCUGCUUGGGGAAGACCUCACAGUGCUUUGGGACGGAAAAACCACCAUCCAUAUACAGGCUGGACCUCGCUGGCAGGGCAAACUAUCUGGUCUGUGUGGGAACUUUGACCAGAAGACAGCGAAUGAGAUGAGAACACCAGAGAACAUCGAUUCAUCCACACCGCAGGAGUUCGGCAACAGCUGGACAGCUGCAGAGUGUGUGAACAGCCCUGAUAUAAGGCACCCCUGCAAUUUGAACCCGCUUCGGGAGCCCUUUGCAAAAAGACAGUGUGGGAUUUUGCUAAGUGAAGUGUUCCAAAUCUGCCACCCAGUGGUAGAUGUCACGUGGUUUUAUAUGAACUGUCUGGUGGAUACAUGCGCCUGCAAUCGUGGAGGAGACUGUGAGUGUUUCUGCACAAGUGUUGCUGCCUAUGCCCAUCGCUGCUGCCAGAAGGGCGUGACUGUCGACUGGCGCUCGCCUUCCGUCUGCCCGUAUGACUGUGAAUACUACAACAAAGCUUUAGGGAAAGGUCCAUUUAAGCUGAUGACCUACAGAGAGAGAGGCACACUGUUGGCAGCCAAUAAGACAAGUGGACUGGUGUUUCCAAAGAGCGAUACGGCCAGAACGGAUGAUGUUGUGACUCUGUUUAUGAUGACACCAGGCCUCAGCAAAGCCAGACCACAUGACUCAUCACUAGUGUCAUUUGAAGCAGCAGACAGACCCAAUUACUUCCUAAGAGCAGAGCGCAGUGGCCAGCUGAGACUGCAGAAAUGGGAAGAAACUGAGGCAUUCUGGGAUGCAGCUACCUUUGUUUUGCACAGGGACACGUGGAUCUCAGGCUUUGAUUCACUUGAGUCCUUAGCAAAGCCAGGUUUUUUUUUAAACUUCAUGCUGUCUGGACUCCAGCUUUUGAAAUACAGUCACUCAGAUCGGUACCGCAGAGCUACUUUAUUCAGAUUGACAGGCACUAUACCAGAUUAUCCAAUGGGUCCUCGAUGUCAGUGGCGGUAUGAAUCAUGCGUGAGUCCUUGUUUUAGGACAUGCAGUGAUCCAUCAGGUCUGAGCUGUACCAGCAUACUAAAGGUUGAAGGAUGCCUUCCCCAGUGUCCAAGUCACAUGGUUCUAGAUGAGGUCACUCAUAGAUGUGUCUAUCUGGAAGACUGCAUUAAGCCCGUUAUUAUUCCACCAUUCACGCCACCCACCACUACCAUAUCAUGGACAUCAUCUCCCACCUUAAUUUCUACUUUGAGUGGUCCAGCGGUUUCAAUAUCAGCCACCUCUAAAACUUUGUCAGAGUCAAGCACCACUGCUUUCACACCUACAACACACAUGCCACUUACAGAAAAGCUUACCUCUUCUGCUGUCAGACCUGAGCUGGUGGAAACUAUUACCACAUUAACAACAUCCUCUUCCUCCUCAAGCCCGCUGGCUUCCACUGAGAGAGCAACUAGAUUACCGAGCACUACUCACAGUCCAACUACUCACAGUCCCACUACUCACAGUCCCACUACUCACAGUCCCACUACUCACAGUCCCACUACUCACAGUCCCACUACUCACGGUCCAACUACUCACAGUCCCACUACUCACAGUCCAACUACUCACAGUCCAACUACUCACAGUCCAACUACUCACAGUCUAACUACUCACAGUCCAACUACUCACAGUCCUACUUCUCACAGUCCAACUACUCACAGUCCCACUUCUCCUACCACAAUGCACACUAGCCCUGUGUCUGUCUCGGCAUCCCUCCUAGUGACCUCUACAACGAGCAGACCAACAGAGUCUUCAACGCCACUCACCAAUACCACAACUAUGCCCUUACCGCUGACUACUAGCCAUGGUUUGUCAUCUACCUCAAGUAAGGAGCCAACCAGAGUAAGCACUCCAGUCUCAACUAGCAUGAGCACUACACAAGCCACCACCCCAACAGUUAGAGUUUCGUCUCCCCUCACCUCUAGUACUAAGACCCCCAAAGUGUCAGAGGCCUUCACACUUACUGAAAAGACCACAGCUCCCACUGUGAUGUCUAGUGGUAGCACACAGACUGUUUCUGAAACCAUCAGCACAACAAAGUUGACUUCACCAGCAGCCAUAAUGUCUACUUCAGUCACCACAUCAAAUAUCACAUUUUCUACAUCUACGCACACUCUGAAGACAACACCAGAGAAGAGUACCUCUGAGAUCCCGAAGCCUUUGGAUACAACUACAUCGAAAACCAUUUCUACAUCCUCUACGGAUACAGACUGGUCAACCACCCUCACACCAUUAAAAUCCACUAGUUUUGCAACUCAAACAACACCUUUAAUUUCUUCAACGUCAACCUCAGAACAACCUGAAACAUCCAAAACUACAGUAUCCAUCUCUACAGGUGCUCCAACAAGCCACAUCACCACGAUGUCUUCUCAAUCCACUGUAUUUGUGCCAACAGAAACCACAACAAAAACAACCCAUCUGCCGACAUCUGUUGUGCACACCUAUCCAACAACUGGUGUUGCAACAACUAAGAGGGCAUUGGAGGAAGACUGGACAGAAACCCAAACUACAUCAACUCUGUCUAUGUCACCAGAAACCACCCAAACCAGUACUAGAACAACAGAGACCAUACCUUCCACCCAUACCACCAUCCUUUUCACCUCACCACCUACAGAGACGACGUCAACAACACUACUCACAUCACAUGUGCCACUAACUGACCAGUCAACAUCUACAGCUACAUCCACUUCUACCACACAGGGCAUUACAGAGCCACAUUGGGGUUUAGUGUCCACAACUGCUCACCUUACAGACAAAGUCAGCACAUCACCACCACCUCCACCUUUGACGACCACUCCCACAACAACUGCACUGCGUGAGACAACCUCAUCUUUACCAUCUACACUCACAACGACAACCACUGAAGCGUCCAAAGCUCCGACAGAAACAAGUGUCACUUCUGAAAAAUCUCUGCUGACUUUCACCACAACUGAGAAAGAAAUGGUUUCCCCCAUGCAAACAUCCACAACCAGACCCUCGACCAUCCAACCCGUCACAGGGACAACUAGAGUUUCUUUCGAAACAGAUAAAGCUGUGCUGUUUACAUCUGCGACAACACAGACGUCAACAUUGCUGAGCGAGAUCGUGACCACUUUUCCUUCCAAAAUGACUUCAACCCAUGAAACCACACAAGGAGAAACUCCAACCACAACUAGCAUUCCACCUCAAACCAGCACCGACACUACAAUGACAACACAACACACUACCAUAUAUACAGAAAAGAUGACCACUGUUUCUACAGAUACAACUACCACUAGUAUCUCUUCUGAAACCACCACAUCUGGAUAUACAGAGCACACUACUGAAUCUGGUCUAACCACUACACCGCUAUCAAUAACUGAAACGACUACAUCUGCUCCAGUGACCAGUUUGGCACCCGUUGUUACCCAGGCCAGCAGUACCACACAGUCCCCUGCGUCUCCAACUGUUACAGAGAGGAUUCCCGUAACUAGUGUAAGCCCCUCUACUGAGCGCCCUCUGGUGGAUGAACAUACAUCUCCAUCCACACCGCCCGCUCCAGAUACUGCUCGAACAACACUUGACUGGUCAGUUACGACCAGCCCUUCCUACACUACACUACCAGAGCAAAGGAUGACAAGCCAGACACCCGCAGCACCAAAAACGACCACUCUCAUGCCCGGCAGAGUAUGCACUUCUCCAUAUGCAGAGGUAGUGGAUGAAUGCACCAAGCUUAUUUGUGUGAGUGGCCAGUUGCUUCUCUUCAAUAAAUCUCAGAGCUGCCCAUAUGAUCCUACACCUCCAAACUGUGGUCUGCUUGGUUUUGCUGUACUGGUCAAUGGUGAUAAGUGUUGUCCACGAUGGAACUGCCCGUGUCGUUGUUCGGUGUUUCCGGAUCUGAAUGUGAUCACGUUCGAUGGCAACAGUGUUGCGGUUUAUAAAGCUGCGUUAUAUGUAGUGACUCAACUUCCCAAUGAGACUGUCAGCAUCCUGGUGCAGGAAUGUUCUGGAGCGGAUGACACUCUUGUGUGGAAUUUUACUAAUUUGUGUCUGGCAGCUUUGAACAUCACUUACAAAUCCCACGAAGUUGUCAUCAACCGUCUGCAGAGACGUCUAUAUGUAAACUCCAGGUAUGCAAAGCCACGUUUCAAGAAGUUUGGAUUUGAGAUUCUGGACACAGGAAACAUGUAUUUAAUCCGAAGUCCAGCGGGAUUGAAGAUCCAGUGGUUUCACACUACAGGAAUGAUGGUGAUUGAGAUGGACAGCUAUAACAACAGACUGCCCACCAUGGGCUUGUGUGGUAGUUGUGAUGGUAAUCCAUUGAAUGAUCUGACACUACCUAAUGGUACAGUUGUAUCAGAACAAGAGGAUCCAGCAGUGUUCAUCGAUAGCUGGCAGAUUCCCAACACCACCAGCUAUGUCAGUAACAGCAGAAGGAGGGAGGUCAACUGUACCACCAGCGAUUGUUCCCUGUGCAUGAGCAUGUUGCACAAACACAGCUUCACCAUUUGCCAUCCUUAUGUGCCUCCAGCGACUUUCUGUGAGAUGUGGGUGAAAGAUAUGGAGUAUGUGAAGAAACCAUGCAUUGCUUUGGCCGCUUAUGCUGCAUCCUGCCACAAAUUCAACAUCUGUAUAGAAUGGAGGAGCCCUGAUUUCUGCCCAUUUACAUGCCCUGAAAAUCUGCGGUAUCAGGCCUGUUUGCCCGCCUGCACUGCCCCAUCCUGUCCAAACCAAGAGUUUGAGUUUGUCCCAGAACAAUGCACAGGUAUUUCCGAGGGGUGUGUGUGUCCGGAGGGAACUCUACUACAUCGGCCCUAUUCUGCACUCUGUAUUCCACCCAGCAAGUGCGCUUGCACUGAUAGUUUUGGAACUCCACGGGCACUGGGAGAGGUGUGGAAAGCCUCACUGGAUGGCUGCUGUAUGUAUAAAUGUGAGAAUGACAGCAUUGUGCCGGUGGAAUAUAACUGCAGUAACAUCCCUCACCCAGUCUGCACGCGUACAGGAGAGAUUAGUGUCAAUCUGGCAGACGACAGCAGCUGCUGCCCUCACAAAGCUUGUGUUUGUAAUCAGAGUAUGUGUGAGGCAGCUCUUCCAGACUGUAAAUAUGGAGAGAAGCUGGUGUCGUAUCAUAGGCAGGACUCCUGCUGUCCGGAAUAUAUGUGCGAAUGUGACCCUGAUCAGUGUGUCCUGGACAUUCCUGUGUGUCGAGAGGAUCAGACAUUGAUCGCCACUCGUACAGAAGGCAGCUGCUGUGUGGCCCACAUCUGCAUGUGUGAUAAAUGCUCUGAGGCAGCCCCUGUGUGUCAGGCAGGAGAGCUGCUUAUCGUCGACACCAACAGCACAGAGCGCUGCUGUCCAGCUUAUCACUGCUUGUGUGAGCCCUCUCGAUGCUUGGAGAUCACAUGUCCUGCUGGCAUGACAGCAGUUUCCACAAAGACUCCAGGCCAAUGCUGUCCAUUACAGACAUGUGAAUGCGCAUGUGACAAAAUUCUUCGCCCUACAUGUUCUCUGGGAGAGAGUGUACAGUUAGACAGAGCAUUUUUGUCUGAUCCUGAAAACCAUUGUAACUGCAAACGAUUCACGUGUGUGAGAGAGCCGGUGUGUGUGGAUGGGACGAGGGGAGUGAUGCGGCCGGGGCAGACACUGGUUGAGCACCGUGAUCAGGGUGUGUGUUACACUACACAAUGCACAAACAAGCUGAACCCUGCCACAGGUUUCCAUCUUCUCAAAGCAACCAGCACCAACUGCACUGCACGCUGUCAGCCUAACCAGAUUUACAUCCCUCCUAAAGACUCCAGCAACUGUUGUGGGUUCUGUAAAAACAUUUCUUGUCCACAGCGGAAUGAAAAUGGAUCUGUAACCAUGUACAAGCCAGGACGUAGCUGGGUGUCUGACUGCAUGCAUUAUGAGUGCACAGACACUCUAUCAGGACCUGUGCUCGUCUCCCACCCCUACAGCUGUCCUCCCUUCAAUGAAACCGAAUGCAUGAAGAUCGGUGGCACUGUUGUGAGUUACAUGGAUGGUUGCUGCAAGACAUGCGCUGCAAACUCCCUGUUCCCCUUCUCUGUUAGCCCUUUGAAACCCACAGUUAGCACAAACUGUGAACAAGGUAAAGAAGAUGGAAAGUCAUGUCAGAAAGUGACGGUGAGGAUGACUAUUAGAAAAAACGACUGCCGUAGCAACAGACCAGUCAACAUAGUGUCAUGUGAUGGAAAGUGUCCGUCUGCAAGUAUUUACAACUACAACAUCAACACGUAUGCCCGCUUUUGUAAGUGCUGCAGAGAGAUGGGGCUGCAGCGUCGUUCAGUUCAACUUUACUGUAGUGGAAACUCCACAUGGGUCAGUUACUCCAUACAGGAACCUACAGACUGUUCCUGCCAGUGGUCAUAAGCCUAUAAAAAAGUGUAAACCAUAAAAGAAAGUGUUACUUAAAAUUCAACUUGAAAGUUAACUUCACCAUGAGAUCUGAAGUUUAAAAUAGUGUUGUUUUUCAUGAAACUUCUCACAUAAUAUCUCAGAGAAUGGUAGAAAUUUGGGUGGCUUAUUUGAAGUGUAAGAAAUGUGGAAGCACUGUGUCAAUAAAAUGAUGCAGGAUUUAAAA